ACAGGGCAAUUAGGAUUGAACUAUAAUAUUAAACCUUUGUUAUAGCUUUGUUGGGCAUUGGUGGAAGAUGAUUUACACAGCAAUCGACACAUUUUACUUGACGGAAGACCACCUAACUAAUUCGCCUUCAAGGAAAGAUGCCAUUGAUCAGGAAACCGAAAUUACUCUCCUCAUUUAUGGCUGUGAUUUGAUCCAAGAGAGCGGUAUCCUUCUUAGAUUACCUCAAGCUGUUAUGGCAACUGGUCAAGUUCUGUUCCAUCGAUUUUACUGCCAAAAGUCAUUUGCCCGCUUUUAUGCUAAGAGAGUAGCUGCCAGUUGUGUUUGGCUGGCAUCAAAACUUGAGGAGAGUCCAAGGAAAGCCAGACAAGUCCUCUUUGUCUUCCAUCGAAUGGAAUGUCGAAGGGAAAAUUUACCUGUCCAACAUUUGGAUCUUUAUUCUAAAAAAUAUUCGGAGCUGAAGAUGGAGUUGAUAAGAACAGAAAGACACCUCCUGAAAGAAAUGUGUUUCAUUUGUCAUGUCGAGCACCCGCACAAAUUCAUAUCAAACUACCUAGCUCCUGUCCUUGAACUUAAAGAACCUUCAAAUUUAAGGCAAGAUGCUUGGAAUCUAGGAAAUGAUAGUUUACAGACUACACUGUGUGUUCGAUUUAAAAGUGAGGUGGUCGCUUGUGGAGUUGUGUAUGCUGCUGCGGGAAGGUUUGGAGUCCCCCUUCCCGAGAAUCCACCAUGGUGGAAGGUCUUCGACGCAGAUAAAUCUGGUAUAGAUGAAGUCUGUAGAGUUCCAGCUCAUUUGUAUAGUCGUCCAAAGGCCAAGUAUAUACCUGUUUGUAAGGAGUCAGUUUCCUUCACAUCAUCGAACAAGUCUUGGGAUUCACAGAAUACUGCAGUACCCAAAGAAGGUUCCGUGAAUACACCAGUGGCUAGUGCUGAUACUGGUGUGACAAAGACGGCUUCAGGUGCUGCAGCUAGUGUUGAUACUGGGGGAUCCAGAGACGCACUUGUAAAACAGGCACUUGACAAGAUGAAAGAUUCUAAGAGAAGUGAUGGUGAGUCCAGAGACACGGCAAAUGGCAGUGAAGGAAGAGAGGACAUCAUGGUCAGGUUGAAGCCUGAACUCAGAACAGAAACUAGUAGUGUACGAAACAUGGAUACAGAAAGGGACAGAUAUAGGGAUAGGGAUAGGGAUAGAGAGAAAGACAGGGUUAGGGACAGGGAUAGAGAAAGAGACGGGAACAGGGAUAGACAGAAGUCCCGGGAUCGUGAGAGGGGAAGAGAUUCUUACAGGGAAAGAGAGCGAGAUGAUAUUGAAUGGGAGAUAGUGAAUGAAAUAAGUCACCGAUCCCGGGAUAAACCUCUUAUUGCUAGAAGAAGAAAAUGUUGAAUAGGUUUGUAAAAACAAACCGGUUUGUGUCUUGCGCAAUUUGUUUGGAGCUUGCUUUUAAAUUUUUUUUUUGAUGGGGCCCACGUUAGAGUGAAGAGACAAGUCUACUUUGUUAUUGCAUGCCAAUAUCACCAACGGUAAAAUUGUUUUCUCAUGACAACUCCAUGCAAAUUAUUUAUCACUUUGUGUAAAGGUUAAUUCAUCUACAGAAAUAAAUAUUUGAUGAAGGGACGAUUCAAAAUCAGAACGGAGUAAUUUUGCAACAUCUAUAAAUGCAUGUCUUA